AUGACCUUGUUUCAUCCCAACAAAAUUCGACACGCUUUGGUUAAUGUUUCCUCCUGUAGAACGCCCUUUUUCAACUCAGUUAUCCUCCCCAACCUCAAGCAAUCUCUCUCUCAAACUCUCCUCCAUUAUCUCCCUCUCGCCUGUAACCUCGUCUGGCCACAAGGUUCCCCUAAACCAUACAUUUACUACUCCCUUAACGACGGCGUUUUACUCACUGUCGCCGAGUGUAACGCCAACUACUCUACCUGUCUGUUUGACAAUCAAAUUCAUGAAGCUUCAGAGCUUCGUCCUUUCAUACCUGAGUUGUUUAGCUCUGAUGAUAAAGCAGCGAUAGUUUCAAUACAAAUAACUUUGUUUCCAAAUGAAGGAUUCAGCAUCGGCAUAUCAACUCACCAUGCCGUACUUGAUGGGGGAAGCUCAACCAUGUUUAUCAAGUCUUGGGCUUUUUCAUGCAAACUACUUCAAGAAGAGGAAGAAGAAGAAGUCUUUUCUCUACCACCGGAAUUAACCCCAUGUUAUGACCGGACUCUUAUCAAAGACCCUAACGGGAUCGACAUGGAAUCAAAACAGCUUCGCUUAUCCACUUUCGUGCUUGCAUAUGCUUAUGUCUUCGUCUGCUUCAUUAAAACCAAAAAAGUAGAAGAUGAUGCUAGUGUUAUUAUCGCCUUUACAGCCGAUUACAGGACCCGUUUAGAUCCUCCAAUUUCGAUGAACUACUUCGGCAACUGUGUAAUGUCACAUGCAGCCGUCGAAAAAGCAAGGGAAGUUAAGGAAGAAAAUGGGAUCGCUUUUGUUGCAGAGAAGGUAAGCGACAUGAUUAAGGAGAUAGGGAAUGGAGUUCUUGAGGGAAGGGAGGAUACACUAAUGAAGUUUAUGAGAAUGAAGGCUAAAUAUACAGAAGCACAAGGCUUUGGGAUAGCAGGGUCAACCCAAUUUGACAUGUACGGGUCGGAUUUCGGGUGGGGAAGACCAAAGAGAGUAGAGAUUGUGUCAAUAGAUAGAAGUGGAGCAAUUGGCUUGACAAGGAGUGGAGAAGAAAGUGGUGGUGUUGAGAUUGGUGUGGUUUUGGGGAAGCAAGAAAUGGAGAAUUUUGCUUCCAUAUUUGUUGAUGGGCUAAAAUAUCUUUAA